CACGAGGUUCUCUUCUCAUAAAUUAACUCCAUUAUUUAUUAUUUAUUUAACAAUUAGGUCAGCGGUGAUAUACGAGAUCAAGAUUUCCCCGAGAGAUCAAUGAAGGCUGCAAAAAAUUAUUGUAGAAAUCCCACGGGAGAUAUUAAGGGUCCAUGGUGUUACACUUUAGAUCCUUCACUUAUAGAUGAUGUGUGUGAUAUACCGCUGUGUAAUUUCGGAGAAUGCAAAUUAUCUGGACCAGGAGCAGAAUAUGGAGGCAGUAAAGAAACUUCUUCGUCGGGAAGAAAAUGUAGACCAUGGCACAAACGACAUCAACUUGAAGAUGCGAAAAGCCCAAAAUUCGAGGGAACAAACUUUCCAGAUAGAUCUCUAAAAAAAGUUGAAAGUUUUUGCAGAAAUCCUACAGGGGAUGUUGGAGGUCCAUGGUGUUAUGUUGAACAGGACAAUUUUGAAUAUGUUCAGAAAGAGUACUGCGAUAUUCAUUUUUGUGAUGAUAGAGAUUGUGUAGUACUGACCAAAAAUGUGUCUCACUAUGGAGUACUAACAAAAUUGCAUGCACCCAGUGGCAAUGCAACGUUUUGGUUUAAAUUAUGGAACCCUGAUGACGAAAAAAGGGCAGAAGCAAAAGUUUUGUUGAGUCUUCUUCCAGUUCCAGCUACUGCUGAACUUAUAGCUGAAGAUUGGACCGCGGGUGUAGAAUUACUGUUUGCAAAUUCUGGCAGUCGUCAAACAUUUCCAAAGUAUGAAGACGAAGAAGGUUUCGAGGAUACUCCUGAAAUCCUACUUGGAACAAAAUGGACGGGAAUAUGGAUAACAUGGGGCGGUGGUUUCGUAUCUGCAGGAAUCGAAGGAUCAAUGAAACCGAUACUCAUGCAAGAAUACAAAAAGAAACGCGGUAUUACGAGUUUAUACCCAGAAACGUUUUUUUAUUAUGGUUUGAGAGGUACAAACAUUUUAUGGAGUCCUCCAUUUUGUCAAUCGUAUUGCGAAGUUUACACAACGUUUGGAAUCGAUUUUUCGAAGGUUUGGGCCAUGCAGAGACAUAAUGACACGGAAGACAUUCGUUUUUUCGUCAGAGCGAGUCAAAAUAUUCAUAUACGACUGUACGAAACACCUGCACUCGAGUAUCCUUCUGUAACGGUAAUUAUAGGAAAAGACGUCACCUCUCUCACAUAUCAAGAAAGCGAGGAAUCAACAAAACAUUAUUUGAAAGAAAUUGCAACUAGGGGAUUACUAGAUUUCUGGUCCUGGAGGGAAUUUGCUAUCAGUAUUUUUGGCGGACAUUUUCGUUUGUUCUCUCAAAAAACCAGAGGUGCAAUCGAAAUUUUAUACAUGAAUGAGAACUUUUUCGCUACCUUGAGGUGGUUUAGUAUUGGAAGCGAAAAGACUAUAGCACAAUGGACACUGUUUUGUCCUCCAGAAGAAGCAGAUGCAGUGGAAGAUCCUUGGCCACCUAAUUGCGUUUCUGAUUUUAGAGAUUUCGAGUACAAAGGUUCUCAAUGGACCACCAUCAAUGAAAUUCCCUGUAUUCCGUGGAUUUCAAGUCAAGUUCAAAGUGAAGAUAAAGUCGAUGAAAAAUUUACAGACGGCUCAGCACUGAAGGCGCUAAAUAAAUGCAGAAAUCCCACUCACGAUCCUAAUGGUCCUUAUUGUUACGCAUAUAAACCAUGGGAAAAUUGUCGAAUGGCUGGAACUGCAAAUGAUUAUAUAGGAACCUUGUCAAAAACACGUUCAGGACGAACGUGUGACUUUUGGCCAAUAGGACCUGGUUCUCAAUCAUUAACGAGUACAACCAAAGCAAAUGUCGUGACAAUUCCUCCAUUACGACUACGUACGGGAAAUCCAAAUGUUUUCGUUUUUGGUUCACCAAAAAAAUCCACGACACCAAAACCUAAACCAGCUAUGCCAACUAGUGUCAGAAAUGGUCGAAAAGGCUUUAAUAACACUAUGUACCCAGAAGGCAGUGCUAAGAAUGCUAGUAAUUAUUGUAGAAAUCCUUCGCGUAAUAUCGCCGGGACUUGGUGUUAUACGACGGAUCCUUCGUUACCUCGAGACCUUUGUAAUGUUAGAGAUUGUGAGAAACCAGAAGAGUUUACGUAUCUGAUGAGAGAGGAUGGUACAGGCAGACGGUUAUACGUUCUACCGGAAUAUCGUUCGGAAGGUUUACACUUUGCUUUAAAAGCUUGGGAACCAGAUAAUCCGGAUUCUGUCAGCUUCGUCUUUACAGCCGACGAUGGCUUCAAAUCUCGUUACAUCCUCAAAAUAGGAACGGUGGAUAAUGAGAGAGUGAUUCUUUUUUAUCAGUCUGAAACUGAUCGUAUCACAAUAGUCAAAAAGAAAACAUUACCGCAUCUACUUUAUAUGGGAAAGUGGACCGGCUUUAUAUUGCGAAUACCACGUGGUCGAGUAUUGCUUUAUUACGAGGAUGAUCCAACACCGAUCUUUGAAUGGACUCAUGUCGAUCCACCACAUUGCUUUUUGCCCAUGUAUUAUUACUAUGGCAGUGACAUGGGAAGAGCCGUUGGAAUUGCUUUCGAUCGUGAUUCAAGUUGUCACAUAGAAAAUACAAAAACAGAACGAUAUACAAGAAUCCUGUCACUGUCAACAUGGAUCCAAACAGAAGUAGUGUAUCCAAAAGAAGUAACAUUUCAUCUUCGAGGAAAAGGGAAAAUUACUAUACCUUUAUAUUUAAUGCUUGCAAUUCCAGGGUGGUCAGGAAGUAGUAUGGAAAUUUAUUCGAACAAAACAAGUGUGUUUCGUUAUAGACACAAUAGUCCUCUAGUGUUUUACUAUUUUUCGAUCGGUGCAAGUUCUGACAGUUGGGUCACGUGGUCUGCGAAUUGUAUGCCUACAGACAUAGAUGGACCUCCUCUUGAUGGUGGUUGGUCCGAAUGGGGACCAUGGGCAUGCAGUGUUAGCUGCAAUGGUGGUACAGGAACGCGAAAACGACGAUGUGAUUCUCCCAAACCGAAUGUUAGAGGAGAGCCUUGUGUAGGGCCUAGUACCAUGAGUGGCCGUUGCAAUGAAAUUCUCUGCGGCGAUAUAACAGAAGAAAUAAUGAUGGCCUCCUUAAAUCAUUCUGGCGUGUAUGCAAUGACUCUACGUCGAAUCGAUGGAACGUAUUCAAUCAUCAAGGUGGUCAGUUUAGCAGUAAUUCCAUCGAAGGAAAGUGUACAACGAAGAAGAGAAACGUUAAGUACGACGGUGACAUGUCACUGCACAAUUUUGGGUCAUGUUUACUCGGAGCUUCAAGUUUCUUGGCUGAUAGAAAAUGAAGUAUGGAAAGAUUACGGAAUCACGCUUCCUAUUGCCGCUGAUAUUGAACACAUUGCUGCGGUGAAUAAAACUCACGACGGGAUGUGGCAGUGUGUUGUUAAACAAAACGAUUUGGGAUUCGAAUGGAUAACGAAUAUGAUUCUUGUUAAAGGUAUUCAAUUAUUUAUGUUUGAACCUGUAACUUUGUUUCAGAACAUGCUGUCUUUAUUUAUUUGGAAAAAUAAUCGUUUACAUUUUCAAGUUUUAGGACCACCAAAUUGGCGAACUCAUUUGAUGGAAGACCAGGCAACUCGACCCUUUUUUGGCUGGCUACCGAAUGAAGAAUACGUUAGCGUUUUAGCAGUUAUCCUUUUUGUGAUCCUAGUAGGAGGUGCACUGGCAGGAUCUAUUUUUUAUAUAAGAGUUCGAGAAAGUGCUAAAGAACUUCUUGCUGUAAAAAAACAACCUACAACUACGAGUACCACACAGUAUGAACCAUUAACAAGUGACACACAAUAUGAACAAACUACUGAUGAACCAGGUAAACUAUGA